CUCCACCCGCAGCCCCGUUGGCGUUGGCGGGAGCUGGGCGGGGCCGGCGCCGUGAGCGGCUCCGGCGGCCGGGCCGGGCCGGGCCGGGCCUUGCUUGGCCGUACAGCGGCGGAGCGUGCGGACGGUGGCUCGCUGAUAUUACUACUCUGAAGAUUGGGGCAGAGCUGGGCCUGGCAAGCUUGGGCUGGGAAUGAAGUUGCCUUGGAGAUUGGGCAAGAUUUUUAAGCACGAGUUGAAGAGAAAUCUGUGAUGAGUCUUCUGUCAUUAACCUCUUCUGAGUCUUUCUGUCUACAGCAGACCUCUACAGGGAUACACACCAAAGUGGCUGCAUUUCAGUGGGACUCUGACUCCUUGACAGGGAGAGCAACUCCUCCCAUCUGGCAGUCGGCUGGGCCUCGGGGAGCUGAUACAACUCUCUUGAGUUCUUACUGGCUGUGCUUGGCAAGAUGGAGCCGCCGACCUCCUCCAGGCUGAAUUCCCGUAAGAGAAGAAAAGAUGGAUCUGGCCCCAAUGGGGCAACAGAGCUGGAUGGAAUCCCUCCAAAAAUGUCCCGGCGCUCACUCGGACUGAGGGAACCGGCUCCGUUCUCAGAUGAAGUGGAAAUCGAUUACAGCAAGCCAUACAUCAGAGUAACAUAUGAAGAAGCAAUGAGAGGGACGCCUUUGGAUCGCCCUGUCAGAGUUUAUGCCGAUGGAAUAUUUGAUUUGUUUCACUCUGGACAUGCCCGGGCCUUGAUGCAAGCAAAGAACCUCUUCCCAAACACAUACCUCAUUGUUGGAGUCUGCAGUGACGAGCUAACCCAUAACUUCAAGGGCUUCACAGUAAUGAAUGAAAAUGAGCGGUAUGACGCUGUGCAGCACUGUCGCUAUGUGGAUGAAGUGGUGAGAAAUGCGCCAUGGACGCUUACCCCCGAGUUCCUGGCAGAGCACAGGAUCGACUUUGUUGCACACGAUGACAUCCCCUAUUCUUCUGCUGGCAGUGAUGAUGUUUAUAAGCAUAUAAAAGAAGCAGGUAUGUUUGCGCCAACUCAGAGGACUGAGGGGAUCUCAACAUCUGAUAUCAUCACCAGGAUCGUGCGGGACUAUGAUGUUUAUGCCAGACGGAACCUGCAGCGGGGUUACACAGCUAAAGAACUCAAUGUCAGCUUCAUAAACGAGAAGAAAUAUCACCUCCAGGAGCGUGUGGAUAAGGUGAAAAAGAGGGUGAAGGACGUAGAGGAGAAGUCAAAGGAAUUCGUCCAGAAAGUGGAGGAGAAGAGUAUUGAUCUCAUUCAGAAGUGGGAAGAGAAGUCCCGGGAGUUCAUUGGCAAUUUCCUGGAGAUGUUUGGUCCAGAAGGUGCAUUGAAACACAUGCUGAAGGAGGGCAAGGGCCGGAUGCUGCAGGCCAUUAGCCCAAAGCAGAGUCCCAGCAGUAGCCCCACGCACGACCGCUCCCCAUCUCCCUCCUUCCGCUGGCCUUUUUCAACCAAGACUCCUCCCUCCUCACCAGCCAACCGCUCCAGGAAUGAGUCUGCGGUCACCUAUGACAUCAGUGAGGAUGAAGAGGAUUAAGCUACCAGCCAGGAUUCGCUGUGAACCGCUAACCGCCGCAUCCUAAGUCUGAACCCACUGGGGAACUCUAAAUGAGCGAGAGAGCCAUAGGAACAGGGCUGAUGGUGAGCACAGUGCAUUGGAGGCACCUGUUGCUCUUAGCAAGGGCUGCUGCCUGGAAGCACAUUCAAACUUCCUUCUCCUCCCCAAAUCCCCUUUUUAUUGUUUACAUUCUAGUAGUUUCCAGGGGGAAGAUCGUUUUUAUAUUUUAGAAAAUACUUUUAAAGCGGAAAGAUAGCACUCAAGCGUGGCUUUUGUUUUGGUUUCUUUUCCCUUGUUAAACCUCCAGGCAAGAGGGAGAAUGGGAAGACCCAUGUGUCUCUUCUUUGCUUCAGUUCCUCUGUCUUAUUCCCCCCCACCCCCAGGCAGUAUCUGUGCCACUGCCAAAUGAAAGCCCCCUCAAUCAGCAUGACCUUGAGAGCAUGCAGGAGGUAGUCGUGUAAAGAGGCCUCUCGGAAAUAGAAACAUUUCUGCUGCACUGAAGCCCAUAGGAAUAUAUCCAGCAGAUGCUGUAGUGCUCAUGUGCCCCUUAGCUGAGCUUCCCAGAAUGUCAUAAUGAGGAUGUGCUGAGCAGGGAGCUGCCAGCUUAGCACACAGGAGUUACACCCUGGAGGAACUCGCAGCACCAUAGAGUUGCACACCCCAUAAGCACACAGCAUUUGCAGCUCCAAACUGUACAGGGCUGCAGGGGAAAGGCCUUUCCAGCUAAUCUUAACAAGACUGCUAACUCUUGAGCUAAAAUUCAGCCCUCAGUUGCUGUUGGAGAGAAGAGAAUGAAUCUUUGCUUCAGGG